AGGAUAUACAUCAAUCGGAAGGUGUGUACUUGUCAUAACAACAAAAAAAACGUGCAAAAUCGUCAUCAAAAUAAGCGUAUUCUGGCCUUGAACAACACUACCAAUUGUGAACCAAACUCGUGACAUUUCGGAAUAUGGGCACAGCUGCGCCCCUAGCGGCGGCUGCGGUCGCUAAUAAGCAUGACGACUCCAGUGGCAGGGGACGUGUACAGGACCCCGUCGAAGCAGGUGUUGGUGACACGGGACCCUGUGUUCACCCAGCCAACGAUCUACCAAGGACAUUACAUUGGUAUAAAACCACCAAACUAUCUGUGGCUGUCCAUCUUAGUUACCAUUAUCAACCCACUGUUCGGGCCAAUCGCCUUGCUCUUCACGUACAUGUCAAAUCGAGCGUAUAGUAAUGGAGAUCUCAAGUACUCGGAGAAGUGGAGUCACUACGCGCUGUUGAUGUCGAUGAUCACCAUCGUCGUGUCUUUAGUGAUGUACAUUGCCAUAGGCUUCGCCCUCAGUCCGCUCAGUACAAAGGGGGGCUACGCGUUCGGAUAGAUGGAAAACGGCCAAUCAAAGAAACUGGUGAUCAAAUUUUGGCGCCAAUGUGUAUAUUAAUUAUAGGCUCUGUCAACAGGUUCAUUUAUUAAUUGAGGACAUAUAUAUAUUUCCACUUUGUUCGAAUAGUGGUUGUUUAGACGUCUACAGAACAGUAACUAAGUGUAUAAAAUUAAAUAAAAAUGAAGUAAACUUUAACAAAUCAAAGAAGCCUCCGACCAGUGACUUUAAUUUGGUGAGGAAGGUAGAUUUUAACACUUGAUCUUUCCAUUCAAAUUAUGCAGUGUGGAUCAUCUGUAAUUAAAAUAGUUCUUGUAUUCAGGGACGCUUUAGAGUUCUUCAACGACAUUCCAGUUCAUUUAUGUAUGCUAUUAUUUCAGUAACAAAUAACCAUUUUACGAUGUGAGCUUUUAAGAAAACAGACAUACGUCGCCAUUUUGGCCAUCUCGUUUGUUUAUAAAAGCAUAUUAGAACUGUUUUUAAAGGAAGAUGGAUAUAAUAUGCAAGGCAUAUUACUUUACUGACAUACUUUUAUUUGUAUGAGCUUGGAAACAUUUUUGUGUUUAAAUGUGUACGACAGCACUCUCUCAUUUUAUCAUCUUAAUUCAUCUGUAAAGGACCAUUUACCCACAUUCCAGUUAACUUGAGAUCUGUGCAUUUUUAUUUGAUAUUCAAGUGUGUGUUUUGGAGCACUCUGUGUUUUAAUAUUACUUUUUUUUUUAAAUAUUUGAAAAGCAUACCAGUUACAUUUUUGAUAUUCCAUUCCUGUGAUUCCGUCUCAUAUAAUAAGCUGUGUUGAUUUCAGCGAUGUCUGUUGUACAGUAGAAAAACAAUGUCGUGUAUUGGAAUUUCAGUCCAGUUCAGACCAGCACUAAGGAUAUGAGCUCGAAUUCGACUUGGUUUAUUUCAUGGUUUCUCGAUCAGAAUUCAAGAACAUCCCUCCUGGUCAUAACCUCUGACCUCGACAGUAACACGUGCCUGGCAGUUAUACUGAGUGUGACUAUAAAUCGGUGGCGAACCCAGAUGAGUGACUAGGGGUGUAGCUAACUGAUUCUUUCGAGAUGCAGAAAAAGCAGAAUAUGUGAUUUCACAGACCUGGAUUUUUAGUUUUUGAAUAAUUAACUAUUUUUAAUGUCAAGUUACUUGUAUAAUUUUAUUAUAUAUACUUAAUAUGAUUUUUUAUCGUGUCGAUAUUGUAGUGCAUCUUUAUUAAAUAUUAGUAGUACUACGAGUUCAUUUCUUUAAGAUUUACUUUUCAUGUUAAAAUUUAUGUCUGGUGUUUUGGCAAACACUCCUAUCUUGAAAGAAGACGAAUGUUAACUUUUCCGUAUUAUGUCUGUCUUCUAUUUCAAGAAUGGCAUACUAAUUAAACUUAAAUGGAAGACGGAUAUAAUAUACAAAGUUACUUAAUUUCGUCCCUAUGAAUGAAGACGGCUACUUCCGAAACGUCGAAUAUCAAUUGUAACGGGGAAAGUAACCAUGUUUUUAUUAAUUUGUCGAUAUUUGAAAUGUUAUACAGUAUGUUAUUUAAAAGGGGUUUUGUGUUAUGAAACUGAGCACGUUUAGUGCUUUCAAAUUUCAUUUUAGAGAUAUUUGUAUAAGUACUGUUUUAAAAUGUAUAUAAUUAUAUUGUUAAAAAAUUCUGUAAAAUAAAAACUAAUAAUCUAAAUACGUAUACAAGAAUACCACAAUUGCCUUGGUAAUACCCCCCCCCCCCCACCCCCCACCCCCCACCCCGACCAUAGUGUCAUUUUGUGUUUGUAUUUUUCAUCCGAAUGUUAAAAUAGUAUUUGAUACAAUUCUUUAUAUAAAAUGUUCCAUGUACAUUUCCGAUAUAUAUGUUGUUCAUUACCAUUGAUCUCAAGACUGGGUUUAAGAAAAGCAUAUAUUUGUGCAUAUAUGUUUUAAAUAAAUUUCCAUUUUGCACUAAACGUAAACGGUUUUGUUAAUUUGGUAUAUAACGAUGUAAUUCGUUUAUUCAAAGCUUUUGCCUUGCGAUUCUGAUAUUGGUAAAUUCCUACAUAUAUCUUAGGCCGACAGGCUGGCAAGUAAAUUUCAAGCAACAUUAAAGGAAUUCGUUGUCGAUGUUUUGCUUCAUCUUUAGUACAAAGGGUAGAAAGUUGAGUGCUUGCUGUCGUUCGCUAGACUGGUUCUUGCACCUAAAGUUAAUUUAGUAUCAAUAGGUAAUAUAUGGUGGAAACCAGUCAAGUUGCUAACGCAUAUCCUGAACACGUCAUGAACAGGUAAUGUUGUUUUUUAUAACUACCGGUUCUGAGAAAUUAAAUAAACUAUGACGUUGACGAUUUCACAACCUCUUAACCAUUCCCCAAAUAAUAUAAAUCGUUCUUGGUAAUGCUUUGCGCCUUAGGACAUAUGCAGAUAUAUAUUUGUCAUAUUUACAUAUUUUAUGCAAGAGAGAAUGUAGUUUUGAUUUAUGCAUGUACGUUGUGUUCUUUUCUCUAAACUACAACAUAUCAAAAACAUACGUUUAUGCAUGGGGGUGUACAUAAUUGUAGUCUAAUUAAAUGCAAUAGGCCUAUAUUUUUCUUGUGUAUUUUUAUUAUUAUUCAUGUUAAGGGCGGAUCUGGCAUUGAGAAGGGGUUCUUGGAUAGGUUUUUCUUUAUUAAUUUUAAAGCAUUAAUGAAAGUAAGUUUUCAUGUUUAUCUGUAAUCUCAUUUAGAAGAGUCUCACAGACGCGUAUGCAGUACAUUAUGCAAGUAGGAUGGGUGGUGAUCUUGACUGUUGCAUACGAAGUUUCGGGGGGGGGGGGGGGGGGGGGGGUCCGAUUUCGGGUCUUGCUUCGUCAGGAAAGCUAUUAGGGGAAAGAAAAAAAACAUUCGCUUUGAGCGGGGGAAGAGUGGUACGACUCCCGAAACCCCACCCGCCCUCUGCACACCCGCCCUCUGCACACCCGCCCUCUGCACACACGUCUGACUAUAGUAGUUUAAGCAUUGUAAUAAGUUAAAUUUAAAAUACGUAAAUGCUAUUCAAUGUUUUAAGAAAUGGUGGAAACCUGUAACAAGGAAGCCAAUGCUGGCUAUCGCUGUGCCUGUUGAAUCUGCAUUUGUAAUUUCUAAACUUGUAAAUACAUCAUCUGAUUACACAUUUAUAGUUAUGUAAUGAAUUUAGAUAAUUUUACAUGUAACUAAAUUAAUAAAAAAAAGAGUAAUACUACGGAUAA